AUGAUCUCCAUUUGGGAAGAGAAGAGCUUGCAAGGAGCUGCUUCCCUUGGCAAAGACAUCAGGAUCCUGGUCCUGAAUUUCAGCAAAAACCUGGCAGAGGAACACACUGCUAGAAAGGAAGAGAAUCAGCAACCCCCACCCUCCAAGCACAACAGCUAUGCUGAGGCGACAAGAACCUCUCCUACCGGCCCCAAGACACACACCAUACUGCCUGCGACCCCGUACAAGACACCACAACCAGAGAAACCCUCACGCAUUUUCCUCCGCCCCCCAAAGACCACCCAAAAGUCAGAUUUUGUGUGCGUCUGA